CGCAUACAAUCCUCCUCUCUUCUAUCCACCAACCAAGAACCGUGAACCAGAAGAACAAAGGCUCAGCAGCAAAAUUAGAAUUCCAACGCAGGAAAAAAAAAAGCAAGAAAACAGAGCCUCCCUUUUCUCGAAAGUUUGAAUCUUGAUAGAAACAAAGCGCAGAGAGACCCAACGCUCGCAAGUUCGCAACCCAUCACCCCACGCUGCACCGACUUCAACAUUCUCGAUUUUUUUUUAUUAAAUCCGAUUUAAAUUUUUUUUUUUUUAUUUAUAAAUAUUAUCCAUCGCUUUGCCUUGAAGAGUACGUGAAGGUCACUGUUGCUUUUAUUUUAUUGUGUUUUUUCAAUCUGAAAUUUCCGUUCACGCAUCGUUUUCGAACACUCAAUCGACUCACUUGCUCUUCCUACAAGCUUUGGACUUUCUGCAAUGGCUUCUUUAACACCGGUUUCGCAAUCCCAAUUGCUUUUCAACAAAACCCAGUUCAAGUUACCACCAAAUUUGAGGUCCGGUUUAUUGGUGAACAAGUUCUCUGUUUCGUUCCGGAGGAUGAGUUUCAGAGUGCCCACGAAGGCGGCGGCGGCGUCCGGGGUGGUUUCCGCUACCACGGCCGAGAAGGCGAAGAAGAGGUACCCGGGGGAGGCGAAGGGGUUCGUGGAGGAGAUGAGGUUUGUGGCGAUGAAGUUGCACACCAGGGACCAGGCGAAGGAGGGGGAGAAGGAGGUGAAGGAGCCGCAGGAGGGGCCGGUGGCCAAGUGGGAGCCAACAGUCGAUGGGUAUUUGAAGUUUUUGGUGGAUAGCAAGUUGGUUUAUGAUACCCUUGAAGAGAUUGUUGAAAAAGCUCCAUUUCCUUCUUACAACAAGUUCAGAAAUACUGGAUUGGAAAGGUCCGAAAAGUUGGCAAAAGAUUUGGAGUGGUUUAAGGAGCAAGGUUAUGCCAUACCAGAACCUUCUACUCCUGGUGUUACGUACGCGGAGUAUCUUAAGGAACUGUCGGAGAAGGAUCCUCAAGCAUUUAUUUGCCACUUCUACAAUAUAUACUUCGCUCAUUCAGCUGGCGGGCGAAUGAUUGGGAAAAAGGUGGCGGAAAUGAUACUAGACAAAAAGGACUUGGAAUUCUACAAAUGGGACGGCGAGCUUCCCCAACUGCUGCAGAAUGUGAGGGAGAAGUUGAAUAAAGUUGCAGAGAGCUGGACGAGGGAGGAGAAGAACCACUGCUUGGAAGAAACCGAGAAAUCGUUCAAACAUUCGGGAGAGAUUCUGCGUCUCAUAUUAUCAUGAUGCCAUUGCCAUUGCCACACUUGGUAUGAUUGUGUUGCUCCCAGUGCAGCUGUUGUAAUCUUUGGAAACUGUCGAUGGAGACAUGACAUUACAAUUACUGUGCUUAAAGAAAAACAAUUGUUUUCAAUACGUAAAUAAGAUUUGGCAUAGCCCUUUUUAAUUUAAGAAAAAUUGAUUUCCGCAC